AGUGUCUUGCGUGAGAAGGGGAGGCAUAAGGUUUACUAUCAAUGGACAUUCUUACUUCAACCUUGUUCUGAUUACUAAUGUGGGAGGAGCCGGAGAUGUUCACUCGGCGUGGGUUAAAGGGUCGAGAACAGGAUGGCAAGCCAUGUCGAGAAACUGGGGACAAAACUGGCAGAGUAACUCUUACCUAAAUGGACAAGCUCUCUCUUUCAAAGUCACAACCAGCGAUGGUCGAACCAUCGUUUCUAACAACGUCGCUUCCGCUCGUUGGUCCUUCGGCCAGACCUUCACCGGCGCACAGAUACGCUAG